UGCUCAAGCUUUCAAGAGAUUUACUUUUGCUGUGUUGCUCUUGGGAGGUGUCGUGAACCAAAUUGAGAGUCUGUAGCAUUAGGAGCCGAUGGAGCACUCCUACCAGCUGCUGUGGGGCUGGCAUCCGGCUGACCUGCUCCUCUUGUUCAAAGUUCCCGAGUUGUUUAGGAAAAAGAGGAAAAAGAAGAACCACUGAGUAACUGAUAUCUGAAAGACAGUUUGAAAAGUGCUGUAAAGGUGUGAUGGCUUUGCUGAGACCUCUUUUGCUGGAUGUGGUCCCAACUAUUCAACAGACUGCUGCUUUGGCUCUUGGGAGACUUGCCAAUUAUAAUGAUGACCUGGCAGAGGCAGUAGUGAAGGGAGACAUUCUUCCUCAACUUGUGUGCUCGUUGUCUGAGCAGAAUCGUUUCUACAAGAAAGCGGCAGCAUUUGUGCUAAGAGCAGUUGGUAAACAUUCUCCACAGCUAGCCCAGGCAAUAGUUCAGUGUGGAGCACUGGAGACGCUUGUGAUUUGUUUGGAAGAUUUUGACCCUGGAGUGAAAGAAGCUGCAGCUUGGGCACUUGGUUAUAUUGCCCGACACAAUUCAGAACUGUCACAAGCUGUGGUGGAUGCAGGAGCUGUUCCUCUUUUAGUGCUCUGUAUCCAGGAGCCAGAAAUUGCUUUGAAAAGGAUUGCUGCUUCGACUCUCAGUGAUAUUUCAAAGCAUUCUCCAGAGUUAGCACAGACAGUAGUGGAUGCAGGAGCUAUCGCUCACUUAGCUCAGAUGAUCCUGAACCCUGAUGCUAAACUGAAGCGUCAGGUGCUGUCAGCUCUAAGUCAAAUAGCAAAACAUUCAGUGGAUCUUGCAGAGUUGGUGGUUGAAGCAGAAAUUUUCCCAGUUGUGCUCACAUGCCUGAAGGACUCAGAUGAAUAUGUCAAGAAAAAUGGUGCAACUUUAAUUAGAGAGAUAGCAAAGCAUACGCCUGAGCUUUCACAGCUUAUAGUAAAUGCAGGUGGAGUUGCUGCUGUGAUUGAUUGUAUUGGCAGCUGCAGAGGGACUGUGAGACUGCCUGGCAUCAUGAUGCUUGGCUAUGUAGCAGCUCAUUCAGAGAACCUGUCAAUGGCAGUGAUCAUCUCCAAGGGAAUACCACCACUGUGUACCUGCUUGAUAGAAGAAAAUGAAGAUCAUAUUAAGGCAGCAGCUGCUUGGGCCUUGGGACAGGUUGGAAGACAUACUCCUGAGCAUGCACGUGCUGUGGCAGUAGCAAAUGUGUUACCUAUACUGCUUUCUCUGUAUAUGGAAACACACAGUUCAGAAGAUCUUCAAGUGAAAACUAAAAAAGCCUUAAAGAACAUUCUGCAGAAGUGCACAUAUCUUCCAGCACUUGAACCUUUGCUGCAUGAUGCCCCUCCCAAUAUUCUGAAGCAUAUUGUUGGGCAGUUCAGCAAGGUGCUGCCACAUGACAGCAAAGCGCGUCGUCUCUUUGUAACAACUGGUGGUCUGAAAAAGGUUCAAGAAAUAAAAGCAGAGCCUGGGUCACUUCUUCAGGAGUACAUCAACACUAUUAACAAUUGCUAUCCAGAGGAAAUAGUAAGGUAUUAUUCCCCUGGAUAUUCUGAGAUUCUUCUGGAAAGGGUGGAAAAUUACCACCCAGUUCUAUAAAAUUCAAUUUUUUUAUUAGAGCUGUAUUUCACAUUUAUGCUUUUAUGACUGCAAUUCAAAUAUAACUAUUGAAACUUCCUAGAUUGUGAAAUCUUAUUCUGCUGUUUGAACCAUUGAAAGAGCUCAGCACUUCCAGAAAGAUAUAUUUUGUUCUUUGUUAAAUUACUGCUGAUUUUUUGUUCCUUUUGUUUUCCUCUAACUGCACUACCUUAGUGCUUAGUUCCAGUAUAUCUGGAAUUUCAUACAGGGGUGAUUAUUUAUCACAGGAACUUUGUAGAAUCAGUAGUUUCCUUUUCGUUCCAUAAGAAAUGUUUGUGAUUGUCUAAUUCAAAUUUUAGCCUUCUCAGUACUUAAUCCAUUUUCCCCUUUUACCUUUGUGGAUUGUUUAGAGCUUCCCUAGUUGAUGAAAGAAAAAGCACUUUUUCCCAAUUGUGGAAUUCAUUCUGCACUGAGGUAUCUCCUAUCACUACCUUUCAGAAAGUGAUGGGAUUUUUGCAUCUUUGAGCAUGUUUAUAACUACAAAAUAAAGAAGCAAUGAGUUCUGAUUGCGAUAAAAAGGCCACAUUGUGCACGUUACAGUGAUGCUAUGGUCCAUGCACCUGAUAGUACAUCUGCAGAAGUCCCCAUCAUUAAGGCAGGAUUCACUGUAGUGGGAUGGACAUGGCUGGAUGUAUAUAUCUUUAUUCCUCUCGAAAGGGACAGAGUGAACUUGGGACUUCCACUGGCCCAACGGGAAGGACCCUGUGAGGUGCUGCCCCACUUGGCUCAGCAGGUCUUGCGGGGCUCAGGAAGGGCCGAGAAUUGCUUAGCUGCAGGAAUACUGUUAACAAAGUUCUGAGCACUUUGAGAGGAAAGCUGAGAAUAUGUGACUCCCUCUAAGUUGAGUGAUGGGACUAAGGUUGCUCUGUACUUACUCUUCCAGAGAAGAAAUUGCUGCAGAAUUAAGUUCAAACACAUUUGGAACUUGGACAGUUUUGAACUUGCAGACCUCAUCCACCUAGAGGUUAUUGGAGAUAUUAGCUUUUGCCUCUCUGUAGGACACUCUGGGAAUAUUUUUGUCCUGUUUUACAGUGUGAAAAGACUUCUACAUUCUGCUUACUCCUCUGGUGUAUCAUAGUAGCAGGGAGCAGCAUAUGGCCUGUUACUAUUGAUUAACUAAUACGGUAUUGUCAUUUACCUUUUUUUUUUGUUCUUUUAACCAUUUUUCUUCUCUUAGUAUGUGGCUUUUUUUUUUCCAAAGAGUGAUUCUGGAACGGGACGUUGAAAUACUGGCAACCACAGGGGAAAGAUGGUAUUUGAAAACCCUGCAAAGGAGAAACUUGUCUGUCUUUCUUAAACGUAUUAAAUGAGUAAGGUUAUAAAACAGAGAUAGUCUCUCCUAUUACUUGUAAAACAGGAGCAAAGACUUAUUGCAGUUGGAAAUGAUUUAAAGUGUUUUUUCUCUGCCAGAUUCGAAAUUACUAUUUUCUUUUGUUCUCGUCUUCAACAGUUUAUGAAAGCCUUGAUGGGCUAUCUUGCGUUACAGUUUGAUUCUAUAAAGGGCUGAGUUCCUGGUGUGAGGUCCUUGGUGCUCUCUAAUUCUGUACAGGAGGAACAGGGGAUGCCCAGUGCCUUACUGUGUGGAGUCCUAACUGAGAUAGAGACUGUUGGUGUCAUGAAAGCUGAUAGAUAAACCAUACCUGCUGGAUUAUUCCCUUAGCCCACAACAGAAUAAACUUUUGGAACUGACUAAUUUCUACCAAGUGCCUUUUCUUUUUCUUUUUGGUAUUUUUAUUCUGACACUGUUAAUGCUAGGGCAUUAGUAGAAAAACAUAACAAUCUUUCCACUAGGCUUAAUGCCCAAUAAAUUUUCACAUAGGCAUUAUGGAUAUUUAAAGAUCAAAUCCUGUACAAUUUCUAAUAGAGAAUGUAAUGCAAGGGCUUCCAGAGACUCUCAAAGGAUCUGAAGUCAUUAUUUUCCCUGAGAGAGUGGAAGUGCUGUACAGGGCUGGGGGCAGUUGUGGUGCAGAUGGGAGGCAGGGUAGGGCGUAUAGCUGUGUACUCACAACUGCAUCAUGUGCUCAGGAGCACAUACUGUACCACACAGUGCUAACGUAUACAUUCUGUAUAGAGAGAGCAAAGAGGCUACAGUCCCUUGACGUAUGUGCUCCUGCUGUGUCAAACUGCGAUACACUGUGAGGAUUCCACAGGGUUAAAUUUCAGUGCCUAAGCAAUUUGUUCACAGUCUUUUCACCCUUUUUCUGACUCCUAACAAAGGAAAUGAUUGCAGAACGCAAACCUUCAAAGUGAUCUGAUUGUGCAGCACACCAUCUAAAUCAGACCUAGCAUAAAUAUGUCUUUACAGCAGUUAAGCAGUUUUAUCCUAGGCCAGUGGAAGCGUUUGGCCUCCUCUCGCAGGACUCUCUCUGGGAGGGUUCUACGUCCCAUCAGGCGGCAGCAGUAAAGUGCAAAGUCCUCUCACCCACGCUCAGAGAGUCCCUCGGCUCUCCUUCACGGGCAGGCUGCUGCGCUGUAUUGUACGUGCACCUUGUGGCUGGAGCCUUCCCUAGAGUCUACACAAGGUUGUACAGGUCUGCACAAGGCCUUAUCAGUAGAUUUAUCACUAAUUUGUAUUUUAGGCUUACAUUACUAGGGCAAGUGUUGCUUUUUUCAUCUGUAGUGUUUCCCUAGCUUGAUGUACAGUGUUCCUAUCUCGUCCUCUCAUUUGGCUUAAGCCAUCAUCUAAAACUAGACUAAUGUGUGUAAUUGCUACUCUUGGCAAGCUUCAAGUAUGUGUCCUUUGUCUCAAUUUCAUAGAAUAAAAUAUAGAUUUGCAUUUUAAUUCAUUGUGUAAAUGCUGUUUUCAUGCUAGUUUGUGACUGUGGGUGCUAGGGAUAAUGAAGAACAGACUCAUUUUGGAGCUGAGCCUGACAUACCUUUGGAUGUCUCUCUCACCUUGCCACUCAACAGUGCCUGAAUUUCUCCCUCUUAGCUCAACGGCAUAGAAGAGUUUCAAGUUAAAGUCCCUCUCACAGAAUUGGCUUAUUAGGACACACAAACAAAAGAGGUCUGACCACUAAGUAGCUGAGUGCUGCGUAAAGAGCUGAGGACCAUCAAAUUUGUUGUCUGAAGUAGAAACCAGUUGUAUUCAUUGUCACACAUUAACGGGCUGUGGACAGGAACCAUGUGCAUGUACUAAACUCAUCUUCUUAACGGAUUUCCACAAAGAUUUUGGCAGCUUUCUCUUU